AUGUAUAAAGUUAAAACCACCACUGAUCCAAUAACCAUUACAAAUAAUAGUUUGAUAAUAGCAGAGUCAACUGAAAUAAAAGAGGGAAGUGUAACAGGUGUUGAUAAUUCAUCUCAAAUACUUUCGUCUGCUUCAAGUUCUUCAUUAUCAGCUCUGACUGGAAAGAGUUUAGUUUCGUCUUUACUUUCUAAUAUUUAUUCUAUCAUUAUUACAUUUCGUCCAAAAGAAAGUUUGAAUAAUUCAACUUCUAAAAUUGUUUGGGCGAUAAUUUUUCAUAUUUAUUUAAUUUAUAAUUCAAUUGUUGUUUCGUCAUUUCCAAUACCUUAUUCGAGACAAGACGAAUCUAAAUUAUGGGGUUAUAUUCCAGCAUGGAUUUGGAGAGUUUUAUUCUUUCCAAUGAAUUUUGGAUGUGAAUUUUAUCCAUAUGAAGCAAUUGUAACAUUAUCAAUACUAUUUCUAGUUUUGGAAAUUGCAACUAUUUUUGGAUUUUAUUGGUGUAGAUGGGCUUCUAAAAAAGGAGGUAAAUUAUAUGAAAAAGGUUUGUUUAAUGGGUAUUAA